AUGGGUCGGCUCGACCGGAGUGAGACCACGGCCUCAGAAAACCGGCGUGAAAUAACCACAGCGUUGUGUUUCGCCGUGAAAAUGCGUUUGGCUAACAUGAGGAUGGGUGGCUAUGUAGCCACGAUAUUGAUGCACGUCUCCAACAUAGUCUUCAUGGCCUGGUACUCAAAGAGGAAUGCUGGGAACUCUAAGGAGGUGCUUCAGUUCAAGAGUUUGGAGUACCGAUUCUUCACUACUUGGACUUUUAUACUACAACUAGCGUACGCAGUAUACGCGCUGGCCUGCGAAUACUUCAUCUUGAAGAACGCGAAGAAGAAAGACUACAAGCUGCCGUCGCCCAUCACAGAGUUUAGGGAGAUCCUAUUCGCUGGUCUGGUGUGGCCAUGUUCUAUUGUAGUCUUCACAGUCUUCUGGGGUCUUUACAACUACGAUAGGUCCUUAAUUUUCCCAAAGUUUUUGGACGAGGUCAUUCCACCCAUUUCAAACCACGUGAUCCACACAAUGAUAGUGCCUGUUGUACUAUGGGAGGUCAUGUUUAGACCGAGACAAGAACCUGAGACACAUGCGCGGAAUGUCAUGCAAUUGACUUUGCACCUCUGCGUUUAUGUUAGCGUAAUGUACUUCACCUACAUCGAAAGAGGGGUAUGGCUAUAUCCCAUCUUUAGGAAGCUAUUUGGCACAAUCUAUUUCUUCAUAGCCUUAGCCGCCAUAGGCCUAAUGUUCUACGCGUUUUAUUACAUCCAAUGGCCUUUAACUAAAAUGCUGCACGGUACAAAGAAAAAAGCAGAAAAGAAAAAGGCGAAAUUGGAAAAGAAAACUAAAUAAUUCAUUUUUUAUUUUGUUUAAGUAUAAAAAAUGAAACAAUACUUAGGACAAUUUUUAUUUAUUUUAUUUUUUAAUGAUAAUAAUAAUAAAUGUAACAGGUACGGGUGCCUUUAAAUAAAAUUUUGUUAAAAAGUGUUUUUAUUUUUAAGUAAUAAUACUUUU